UUUAAGUGGUUAGGGAUAGGGGUGUCAACUUACUUGACAUGUUUUCUCUUCAUCUUUUACACAUUGAUCUUAUAUAAAAAAAAGUGUUGCAUGAAACUGGUAAAACACAGUACUCAAUUUUAAUUAACCGGCAUAGAUAGUUGACUUUGUUGCCACUUUGUGCUUCCUUACGCCGCAGUUCUUGUUGUCACACUUUACAUAUAAUUCUAUUAUGCAACUUUGUUGUAUAUCUAACAUUUCAAAACUCCAUUCUCCUUCAUCUCCCUUCUUAACCAUGAAAUCAUCACUCAAAUCCAAACCUUUAACCAAAUUAAUUUCAGUCUCAUCUUCAUUCUGUGCAAUUUCUCUCUUAUUGUUUAUUUCCAUACUAUUCUUUACAACGUCAAAAAUAGUAAGACUAAACAUAUCUAGUUCCUUAACACCAGCUACCGAAUCUGAUCCAACUGAUGUUAAUCAUCUUGUAUUUGGAAUUGCUUCAACUAGAAAUUCGUGGCCUAAAAGGAAAGAUUAUGUCAAACUUUGGUGGAACAAAAAAAUGAAGGGUUGUGUUUUUGUGGAUAAUCUUCCUGAUCAAGAAAAUGUCACUGAUGAUUAUGUUCCUCCUCUUUGUGUCUCUGAAGACACUUCAAAGUUUCGUUACACUUAUAAACGUGGUUUAAGAUCAGCGAUUCGCGUGGCGCGUGUUGUGAAAGAGAUUGUUGGAUUGAAUAAUAAUUCAAAUGUUAGGUGGUAUGUGUUUGGUGAUGAUGACACAAUUUUCUUUCCUGAGAAUCUUGUCAAGACUCUUUCUAAGUAUGAUCAUAACCUUUGGUAUUAUGUUGGUGCUUACUCUGAGAAUUAUGAAGGGUCUUAUGUUUUCGGUUUUGGAAUGGCUUUUGGCGGAGGUGGUUUUGCUAUAAGUGCUUCUUUAGCAAAUGUUUUGUAUAAAGUUUUUGAUUCUUGUAUUGAGAGAUAUUCUCAUCUUUAUGGAAGUGAUGCAAGGGUGUUCUCUUGCAUAGCUGAACUUGGUGUUGGAUUAGCAUAUGAACCUGGUUUUCAUCAGGUUGAUUUAAGCGGAAAUAUCUUUGGAUUACUGGCUGCACAUCCAUCAAGUCCCUUGUUAUCCUUACAUCAUCUUGAUCUCGUUGAACCAAUCUUUCCUCAAAUGACAGUUUCAAAAUCAGUGCAACAUUUAUUUGAAGCUGCAAAUGUUGAUUCACAGAGGAUCCUACAACAAACAGUUUGUUACGAUAAACAAUUUUCGCGGACGAUUUCAGUAUCAUGGGGCUAUGCCGUUCAAAUAUUCCAAAACAAUGAACUUUUACCAGAUAUUCUGAGAGUUCGAGAAACAUUCAAAACAUGGAAGAAAAAAUUGCCUUAUGCUGGAAUAUAUACAUUUAGCACAACAAAAAUGCAUCCGGAUCCUUGUGAAAGACCUACGAUUUUCUAUCUAGACAAUGUAUCUUUGGGUAAAGAUGGUAUUAUUAGCAACUAUACGAAAUCUUUACGAGAUUGUUCGAACGAGAAGAUAUCGUUGAAGAAUUUGGAGGUGGUUAAAGUCGUCGCGAAUAAGUUAGACCUUGACACCAAACAGCUGCAGAGUUCAAGAAGGCAGUGUUGCGAUAUGUUGCAGUCUAACUCUGAUAAAGUAAUGGAAAUUGCAAUAAGAGAAUGCAAAUAUGAAGAAUUGAUUUAUAUGCAUUGAUAGAAUAAAUCUAUGUACUAAAUUUGCUAGAAUUCAUUCAAGUUUUACAUUUGGUAGAAGUCAAUAGAAGUAAUUAUUGAAGUUGUGUGAUAAUGAUUUGUUUUAUUUUUUUCAGUUGGGUUCAACCUAACCUUGAAAAGAAAUAUAUGAUUGCGAAAUGCUUAAGUAAAGUA